CCGGGAACCCGGUACAGGUUGUCGCGGAGGUGCCGGCGACCUUCCUUCUGCUGUCACCCGCCGCGGGUCAGGCCGCCCUAUCCGGCUGAAGAACCGACUUGGGCGGCGAGAGGCUUCCGCGGGGGGAACGAUCAUAUUUCCAGAAAGUGCCUCAAGGAAGCUUCCAUAUGUAGAAACACCCUGCAAGAAGCACAGUGCUCUUUCUGGCAACUCGUGAAGCAGAGCUGUCAGAAUGGCAGAAAAUAAGGACAGUAAUGUUAAAAGCGCAGACGUGAGGCCCAAAAGCAGCCGGAGCAGAAGUGCAGACAGAAAGGAUGGUUACGUCUGGAGUGGAAAGAAGCUCUCCUGGUCAAAAAAGAGUGAGCAUUGUUCUGAUGUGGAACCAGCAAGCGCUUCAGGAAGAUCAGGGGCUAAUUUAAGGAGCCAAGAGAGGAAGUACAGCUGCUCCUCUAUCGAGCUGGAUCUAGAUCGUUCCUGUGGCCACAGGUUUUUAGGUCGGUCUCUCAAGCAGAAGCUGCAGGAUGCUGUGGGUCAGUGCUUUCCUAUCAAGAAUUGUAGCAGUCGUCACACCUCAGGACUGCCAUCCAAAAGAAAAAUUCAUAUCAGUGAGUUAAUGCUAGACAAGUGUCCUUUCCCUCCACGCUCGGAGCUGGCUUUUCGGUGGCACUUGAUCAAAAGACACACAGCCCCUAUAAGUCCAAAAGCAGAAGACUGGAUAAUUGCUGAUUUAUCCCAGCAGGAGGAAAGGGAGGAUCAGCUGCAAGACGAUGAGAUUGCCAAUGGGGGAAUGGACUCUCCCUCCCAGUCCUGUGACUUUACCGACAGCGGUUCCUCUAGGCGUGAUUCGAGGUCUGAAUUGGUUCCAGGUAAGGUGGGGAGGAACAGUAGAGAUGAGAGCGACAUGGACUCUGAUGAUGAAGUUAUAACGCUGUGCACAAGUUCUAGAAAAAGAAACAAGCCCAAGUGGGAAACUGAUGACGAGCUGCUACGUAUGGAAACACCUCCAAAAUACCAUACCCAGAUCGAUUAUGUCCACUGCCUAGUCCCAGACCUCCUCCAGAUAAACAACAAUCCCUGCUACUGGGGAGUCAUGGAUAAAUACGCAGCUGAGGCGCUGCUGGAAGGAAAGCCAGAGGGAACGUUUUUGUUACGAGAUUCUGCCCAAGAAGACUAUUUGUUUUCUGUGAGCUUCAGGCGCUACAGUCGUUCCCUCCACGCACGGAUAGAGCAGUGGAAUCACAACUUCAGCUUUGAUGCCCACGAUCCUUGUGUCUUCCAUUCUCCUGACAUCACUGGACUCCUAGAGCAUUAUAAAGAUCCAAGUUCCUGUAUGUUCUUUGAACCACUUUUAUCCACUCCACUAAACAGGACUUUUCCUUUUUCUCUUCAGCACAUAUGCAGAACAGUUAUUUGCAACUCUACAACGUACGACGGUAUUGACGCGCUUCCCGUUCCUCCGUCGGUGAAGCUCUACCUGAAGGAGUAUCACUAUAAGUCAAAAGUGAGAGUACUCAGGAUUGAUGUGCCAGAGCAGCAAAGCUAGAACAUAUUUUUAUGAGAUUGCCUCCAAACAAAUAGUCUCUUCAGUCUUUCUUCCUUGUAGGAUUUUUUUUCUUAUUAAUAGCAAUUUGAUUUUUUUUUCCUUAUUCUGCAGAUUAUUUACCACCCAGACUAGCCUCUGUUCAAGGCUUUUUAAUCCAAGUGUACUUUGAGUCUUC